AACCACACAAGACAUGUUCGUUAAAUAUAGAAAACAUAACAACACAUAACUAAUCAUCACAUCACUCACACACACGUUGUUUCAUUCAUUUCGGAGAUUCUAAGGUACUCCAAAAAAAAAAAAUUAACACAAUCACAUUCUUCACUUUUUUUCUUCCUUUCUCAUUUUCCAUUGUCAUACAUUUUCUAAUCAAUAAAAAAUGGCAGAUGCUGAGGAUAUUCAACCUCUUGUUUGUGAUAAUGGAACUGGAAUGGUUAAGGCUGGAUUUGCCGGAGAUGAUGCACCAAGGGCGGUGUUCCCUAGUAUUGUAGGUCGACCACGCCACACCGGUGUGAUGGUUGGUAUGGGACAAAAGGAUGCAUAUGUUGGUGAUGAAGCUCAAUCAAAAAGGGGUAUUUUGACUCUAAAGUACCCAAUUGAGCAUGGAAUUGUUAGUAACUGGGAUGAUAUGGAAAAGAUCUGGCAUCACACUUUCUACAAUGAGCUUCGUGUGGCUCCUGAAGAACAUCCUGUUCUUCUCACUGAAGCACCACUUAAUCCUAAGGCUAAUCGUGAGAAAAUGACUCAGAUUAUGUUUGAGACCUUCAAUGCUCCAGCUAUGUAUGUUGCCAUUCAGGCUGUGCUUUCGCUUUAUGCUAGUGGCCGUACAACCGGUAUUGUUCUUGAUUCUGGAGAUGGUGUCAGCCACACAGUUCCUAUCUAUGAAGGAUAUGCCCUUCCACACGCAAUCCUGCGUUUGGAUCUUGCAGGUCGUGAUCUCACAGACGCCCUCAUGAAAAUCUUAACCGAGCGUGGAUACUCUUUCACCACAACAGCCGAGCGUGAAAUCGUGAGAGACGUGAAGGAAAAACUAUCCUACAUUGCUCUUGAUUAUGAACAAGAGUUAGAAACCUCGAAGACGAGCUCAGCUGUUGAGAAGAGCUAUGAGUUACCUGAUGGACAGGUGAUCACAAUAGGUGCCGAACGUUUCCGUUGUCCUGAAGUACUCUUCCAGCCAUCCAUGAUUGGUAUGGAAGCUCCUGGUAUACAUGAAACAACAUACAAUUCAAUCAUGAAGUGUGAUGUUGAUAUUAGAAAGGAUCUCUAUGGAAACAUCGUAUUGAGUGGUGGUACGACUAUGUUCCCCGGCAUUGCUGAUAGGAUGAGCAAGGAGAUCACAGCAUUGGCACCAAGUAGCAUGAAAAUUAAGGUGGUUGCACCACCAGAGAGGAAGUAUAGUGUCUGGAUUGGAGGCUCCAUUUUGGCUUCCCUCAGCACCUUCCAACAGAUGUGGAUUGCAAAGGCUGAAUAUGAUGAAUCAGGCCCUUCAAUUGUUCACAGGAAAUGCUUCUAAGGAUGCAGAUUUUUUUUACUAAGAAAUACCAUAAAAACUGGUUGAGGAUCUUUGAUUCCUUUUUUUUUUUUUUUACCAUUUUUAUAAUGUUAAAUGUGUUUUCUUCUAUUUAUAUGUUGGGAUGAGAGGAUGAAAACAAAGUAAGAUAUGCAAUUUUUAUUUAUUGUCAUUUUAUUAUAGAAGAGCUAUGUAUUGUGACUGAUUUGGUUUGGAUUUUGAUGAGAUAGUGGUAUGUAUUUGAUUAAUUAUUAUUUAUUAUUUUCUGCAAUAA